UCAUGCAGGUGUUAUAUUGCCUGUAAAUCAUUACUCUUUGCUGAUCCUGAGUUGAAGGUUGCUGUCGGGCUUUCUGGUCUGCAGGGACCUACCCGAGAAAAGGAGAGGCGGGAAAAAGAGAGGAGUGAGCUACGUGAUCUUGUUGGAAAGAAUCUUCAUGUACUGAGUCAGUUAGAAGGUGUUGAUCUUGAUUUGUACAGAGAUACUGUUCUUCCAAGAGUUUUAGAGCAGAUUGUGAAUUGCAGAGAUGAGAUUGCACAAUACUACCUUAUGGACUGUAUAAUUCAAGUAUUUCCUGAUGAAUACCACUUGCAGACUCUUGAUGUACUUCUAGGUGCUUGUCCACAACUUCAGCCUUCAGUUGACAUCAUGACGGUGCUUUCACGUCUAAUGGAGAGGCUAUCAAAUUACGCUGCCUCAAAUACUGAAGUGCUACCUUAUUUUCUGCAAGUAGAAGCAUUUUCAAAGUUGAAUAAUGCAAUUGGAAAGGUGAUAGAAGCGCAGGCAGAGAUGCCGAUCCUGGGUGCAGUGACCUUAUAUUCGGCCCUUCUCAAAUUCACUCUCCAUGUUCACCCUGAUAGACUUGAUUAUGCGGACCAAGUGUUGGGAUCAUGUGUUAAGCAACUUUCUGGCAGAGGAAAGAUUGAUGACAACCAUGCAACAAAGCAGAUAGUCACACUUUUAAGUUCUCCACUGGAAAAGUACAAUGAUGUUGUCACAGCUUUGAAAUUAACAAAUUACCCUCUUGUCAUGGAGUACCUCGACAAUGAGACAAAGAGAGUAAUGGCAACCGUUAUAAUCCAAAGUAUUAUGAGAAACAAUACUCAUAUUGCUACAGCAGAGAAGGUUGAAGCACUGCUUGAACUGAUAAAAGGGCUUGUCAAGGAUUUGGAUGAGACCCAGCAGCAUGGGGUUGAUGAAGAUGAUUUUAUGGAGGAGCAGAAUUCUGUUGCGCGUCUCAUUCACAUGUUAUAUAAUGAUGAUCAAGAAGAAAUGUUUAAGAUCCUCAGUACCCUGAAGAAGCAUUUCCUUACUGGAGGGCCUAAGCGUCUCACAUUCACCAUUCCUCCUCUUGUUGUUUCGGCUCUUAAGCUAAUCAGGAGAUUGCAAGUCCAAGGGGACGAAAAUCCUUUUGGAAAAGAGGCUUCUAUUACAGCCACUAAAAUCUUCCAGUUUCUGAAUCAGACCGUUGAAGCUCUAUCUAUUGUUCCGGCUCCUGAAUUGGCAUUCCGAUUGUACCUGCAAUGUGCCGAGGCUGCAAAUGAUUGUAAUGAAGAACCAAUCGCAUACGAAUUUUUCACCCAGGCUUACAUUUUAUACGAAGAAGAAAUUUCGGACUCAAAGGCCCAAGUGACCGCAUUACAAUUGAUCAUUGGCACACUGCAGAGGAUGCACGUUUUCGGGGUUGAGAAUAGAGAUACUUUGACACAUAAGGCUACUGGGGUAUGA